AUGGGGGCCCCUCGAGACUCGGGCUCCCCCAGGGAUCCUGAGAGGCCUCAGGCCCUGAAUGGAGGGGGAGUUGCAAUGUCAAGAGUAAAUCCACCGGUUUGUAAUGCCAGCAUGCACGGGCUUCCUUCGACUGGAGCACCUGAUGAUCCGGAAGGCAACUCUAUUGUCGAAUUUGUGGCUUCUCGCGAAGCGCACAGCGGUGGUGGUUGUAAGGUGAGAGAUGCGGUCAGCGGAAUGUAUGUGUUCCAAACGUUUCGGCAGCAGCUACAGCAUCAAUUGCAGCACGGCCCCUCUGGCGGCCGCCAUCUCUCAGCGUUGGAUGUUAUCGAUGUUCAUGAGAGGGCUGAGCGCCAUCGCUGGAAGAGAGUAAGGGCCGAGGAGGCUGAGCAGGAAAAAGAGAAGCAACAGAAACAGAUCGAAACCCAAGAGAGCAGCUUCUCGCGCCUCGUUGCUCACUUCCUACAGGGCGUUGAGGCUCGUGGAGAAGCACGCCAGCUGCUGACACACCUAAGUAGUUCAGCACCAUCAUUGCCUUUGCUAGUGCUGCAGCAUGACAGUAUCAUACAGGAAUUGCUGCUGCAUCUGAGGAGUGAUGCCACGUACAGCGUUGGGCUGCAGCUCAUCCCAGCACUUGUAAAGGAUCUCCGAUGGAAGUUUCUUGACCACUUCCAGUGUACGGUUGAAGCGCUGCACCUUCUCCUUUUCGACUUGGAAGAUAGGCACGAUGCUACCGGGAUCCAGCAGCUCUUUACGUGUCUUUCUCAAAUCUUCAGGUACCUCCAUAAGUACAUUUUAGCAAACAUGGAUGACUUCCUGGAUAUCAUGCUGCCCCUCCUCCUGCAUACCCCCCCUGUGGCUGCAGCUCAGAAGCACAAACAACAAGCAUCGGAAGAUAAAGCGCAGCAGCCGCACUCAAACCAGCACCAACAUCAACCCGAGGGACAGGAACGCCAUCCUCAAACACGCAGGGUUCAGGAGCCGCGUCAAAAGAGGAACCCUUCACGGGCGUUCCAGCGGCGGCCCAGCCGUCUGCAGAAGCAGCAGCAACAUGUUGAACCAAAGAUUUCAAGCAGCUCCCUUUUGACCGCUCAGGCAGUUGCCACGGUAUUACGGAGGGCUGCACGAGAAGAGGAUGCCUUCUAUCAUUGUGCCACAUCUGUUGUGAAGUACUUUUCACUAGUGCCUGCUCGGUAUCUCAAGUUGUUUGCUGCCACGGCGUCUCGCAUCUUCUUUGAGGCUAUUCGGGGAUUGAAGGAAACAUUUUCGAGUAGCUUUGAAGGCCUUUCGUGCUUCCUCAUUGCCAACGUGCUUAUAAGGCAGCGAUAUACUCUUCCCGGGUCCGGCACAGCCUACGAGCCACCGCCUUUGAAUAUAGAGCUCUCUGAAGUACAGGCAGAGAACAACGGCAGCACCAGCAAUAGCAGCAGUAGCUGCGGCAGCAGCAAGGUGUGCGGUCGGCUAGUCUACUUGGCCCAAGCCGAAUCCGUCCGCCUUUACCUGGAGGAGGCACGCCAACAUGUAGUUUCGACGGGAAGCCCGUCAUCUGUUGCCCUGCAACGCAUAGUGCUCCGCUUUCUUGCCGCUGCAGCGCAUGCGGCAGUGCGUGAAUCGCUGCUGUCAGAGCAAGGGCAGGAUGAUAUUGCAGAUCACGAGCAGCGUGACGAAUAUCCCAACGAGGCAUUGUACUUGUUGACCUCUUCAGUAUCCCCCUUCUUCACUCUUCAUCCUUUUCGUCCAUUGUCUUACUUCCCGUAUUUCAUGGGAGAGGAGGGGCUGCUGCCUUGUCGCGCUGCGACAGAGGAACCAUGCGGUCGCCGAUGUAUCCCUGCACCCAUGCUCCUUGGCUGUUGCAUAUUGUCGGAUGCAGCAGCUUCCUGGUUUGCAGGGAGCCAGAGGAGCUCUGGAAGCUUUGAUGACUAUAUUCAAAGCCUCCUGGAGGCCGUACAGCCGUUGUGUGUAAUCUCUUUGGGGACCCCACAGGCGGGUAAAGUUGAACCAGUAGUUGUAGGAGCAUCUGAUGCACAGCAGCAAGAACCAUUGGUGCCGUCAUUGUUGCAGCCGCUGCUGAGGACGCCUUGUCGAAAGUCGGAGUGGACAGCAUCCGCAGCUGUUGCACUGUUGUUGCCGUGCAGUCUCCUACGGCUCUGUGUGUGUGCCUGGAGGGCUCUCCCGGUCAGCUACACCAAUGCAGUGACUUUGAAGGGCAAUCCGUUACAGCAUCUUCUACAAGCUGUUCUGGUUGUUCAGCGCUACCAGCGGCAGCAGCUAAUGCUGAAGCGAGAAACACAGCUGCUAGAUGAAGACUUGUGGCGCAGCGCUCUAGUCGAGCGAAUGGCAGAAAUAACUUGCUGCAGUUUGCAGAUGCUUCUGCUCCUCCCUGGCCCCGUGGAUGGUUUUGCCUCUCUUUGUCUUAGAUAUGCAAUUGAAUUUCUUGCAGGCCAGCCAUGGUCACUGCGCAGUGCCGUUGGCGGGGGUCCUGAAGCAGUCCCGAUUACGAAUUGCGUCUCUUUAAUGACAGGGGGGGUCACCAUCGAGCCACUUCUUGUAAAGGUCUCUUAUUGGAGAUGGACAGCAGCGAGUUGUUUGCUUGCGGUGAUUAUGAAGUCUUUCGGGAGAAAGGGCGUUGCGUUGGGAACAGGCACGACUACAGCAGCCAUUCGGCUCUUGCUACCCAUUCACCUACACAGUUGUUUGAAAGGGACCUGCCUAGAGCUACAAUAUCUUGAAGCUUCCUUGGUCGCCUAUCUUGAAUAUAUUCGGACAUCUGCCGGCAAGCUGGAGGGAGCUGUAGCUCCUGCGAACCUGGAGGAGUCCCUUGUUCGAGCAUUUGCGGGGCUUAAGUGGUUAUGGGGCCUUCAAAAGAUGCUUCUUUACGCAGACGGUGAAGCUGUGGAACCUUCAGCUAGAAUAAAGCUCUCAGUUGAGGCCACUGCAGCAGCCGUCCAGCUGCAAACACAACAGCAGAAGCUCCUUUGUCUUAUCCUCGAGGCAGCCCAGUUAUUAUCUCCGAAACAGGAGUGUGCCAAAUAUCUAGAGGGGUUGAUUCUCCUGUUCAGCCGUAGCUUUCUCACGUUCCUCGCCCUGCCUCGACUCAUGGUUGGCCACAACGAAAAGGAGGCUCUUUAUUGUCCUGGUCCCCCGGAUUCGGUAGUACAAAGCUGUGUACGACGCGUAAGAGAAGUAGCCGCUGCAUGCACUACUUCAACCAAUGCAGUCUCCCCGCUUCACUGUGACUGCGCUGGAGCCUCUGCCACGAUGCUGGCGCCCCUUUCGAGUGCGGAAAUUGAAGGGGCAUGUGGGCAUUUAGAUGCUGGUACUGGUCCAGUUUGUGGGGACAUUUCCUCCAACGAACGGCAUUCGCCUUCCACCUUGGCUACUGAAGAACAAUGGGUAGAAUGUUUGCUGGCUUUCCUGGUGUCCACGCUUACUACGUCGGGAGGAUGUCUUUCAUCCCGUAGGAGGGACUUCACAAGGCCAAACGCUCUUAUCACAAGCCCGGCACUUUUAAAGAGCAUUACCCUGUCGUUGAAACUCCUUAGAGCAUAUGCCCCUAUUGAAGGAAGGGUCUCACAGCAGCAGCAAUGGCAUCAACGUGGCUUCUGUAUGUUGGCGGUUAAAGCACUGUUGCCGAAUCUAUCAUCUGGAUCGCAUAAUCUGCGUUUAUGGUCUUUGCGCUUUAUCCGCGGGUGUGAUCCAAAGAUGCUUUUGUCAUGCGCAUGCUGUAGCGCAUCUUCAUAUAGAGCCUGCAGGAUGCAGUCAAUUGUCUCGACCGCCGAAGAAGCGAACGCCGUUGUGGGAAGCCUUCUAGAACGACUUGAGGCCUUUGAGGAGCUUGAAGUUGAUUUAGAUACAGAACGCCAAAAGGUACAACUGCUUCACGCGUGUGCUAAGGAGGUGUGCUUCAUCCAGGAGAAGAUAGUUUCGGCGGAAGCAGCAGCAGCACGGGAAGAUCAGGGUCAGCAUUGCAGCGGUCUCCUGCUGUUGUUGCACCUCGCAUAUCGAGUAUUGCUUGGAGGCCUUUCCGUCAAGUUCGCGACUGUGUGGCCGGAAGUGGUACUGGCCAUCUCCGAUUGCCUUGAAGCAUUUCACGACUGCGUUCCUCCUAAAUCCCAGUCUACCUUAGCUGGCGAUGCCUGUGGCUCAUCCUCUAGACUGAAGGAUCAUUCUGUCCCUCCAGAGCACCAGCAAAGGAAUUUGGCGCUUUCCUUUAUCUGGUCCCUGGUUGUGUCGGAGACACAUAGGGCUCUAUGGCAACUCCAUCAAAAGCAGGAGCAGCCCAGCGACUGUACUCAACGUUGCAGCCAGCAGCAAGGUGCUGUUUCUGGUGCUCUCGGCAGCUGUCAAGAAUGCGUUGAGAAUGUGUGGCAUAGUGCCUGUGUGAAGGAGUCAUUUAAAGAGGAGACAACAGCCCUUGAGAGGCAUUCGCAUCUGCUGCGUAUUUUGCAGUUCAUUGGCACUCGCUGGGGCAGCUGCGCCUGUCCACGCGUAGGCCAGCAGCAAACGAAGCACAGUCAAGCAGUUGAUGUGCAACCCUCGGAGACUACUGAGCCACAGGAAAACUGUCCACAAACAGCAGCAGUAUGGAGACGCCACUUUGCGCAAGACGCUCUCCGAUUUCUUCUAGUCUACGGAUUGCACAUUGCGGCGGGGCUAACUCGAUCCUCUGAUGGCAUUGAGCAGACUGAGGAGAGCGAAGUAGAAGGCAGUAUGGGUAGCUCUGGCGCAACGGAACAGGUAGAGCCUAGCGGGGGCUUCAGCGCUUGGACCGAGGAUACUAAUCGGUCGGGAUGCACGGCCCUUCAUGCUACACAGAGCCUGAUCCCACGGGCACAGGACGUCAUCCGAGCCAUCCUUGUGCACGGAGAAUUAUACCUUCCUGUCGUUGGACAGCGCUUGUUAGGCCUACAUAUCGCGGAAGACUACGUGGCGGACGCGCGGACUAAGGAGAUUGAAGCCCUUUGGUAUAAGUUCUUAGUGGUCUGUGCCCAGCGGCUAAUUGGCGUGCGAGACGCCACCCUUCAGAUCCUUGUGCUCCGGACUUUGACGCUGUGUAGAGAGCUGCAGCAAAUUUUGAAGCCGUAUUUAACGGUACUGGAGCAGUCGAUCCAAGACAAGGGCGGGGUGCCGUCCGGUCUACUGCGACUCGUUCUUGGAAAAGAUGAUGCAGAGAGUCAACUUCUGCAGCCUUCAAUGGAGACUAAAGACGAUAUCGUGUUGCUUCCUGAGCACCGCACAUUUAUGCUUCCGCUAAUCGUGCGCCUUCUUUUAAGCAAGACGCAAGGGAAAAUGGGGCGGGCUUCAGGAGCUGUUAUGGCAAGUCGGCGAAGGAUCUUUGGUCUGUUGAGCAGCCUCGAGGAAACGGAGAUUACAUUGAUAGUAGCGGUGCUGACAUUGCGGUUGAUACGACUAACACCACUCCCGACAACUAGCACAUCCGGAGGGUUACCACAAUGCCCAACUAACCUGAAGCCCCUCGAUGGCAUGGAAAAGGAACGUGCGUUAGUGGAUUUUAUUUGUUGGCACAGUCGCAGAGCGCAAACCAGGGGAGCUGCUGGGUCUACUCUAAUGCAUGAACAAGGGGAUCACCGAUCAGACCAACUUACAGUAAAUCUGGCACUCUCUGACCAAAUUCUCCAGCCUGCAUCGUGUACCCAGCUACAUGGUUUACUCAAGUCUCUCCAGCACCUAGUGCAGAUGCAGCGGCUCGUUCUACGACCAGUAGCACCUUAUCUGGUGCUUCUUUUCGCGGAAGUAUUGCGCCAUCUUGUCCCUGUGGAACUGGGAAAUAAAAGUACCGGAGAACUGCAGAUGGCAGAAGUUGAGGACGAGCACAGCACCCAAGACGUAAAAGUGCCUAAACCUUCUAUGAUGGGUGAACCUGUCGAAGAUCAGCAAAGUUUGGUUUCUGCCGUUGAAGGUGCCGCGGAGGUUGGUAGUAGUGUGCAAGUCACAGGCAGUGCACGUCACAAGAAACAUUGCAUACGUAUAGCAGUAGAUGUGUUGCAUCAGCUUUUUACAUCUUUCCCAGGUUUUGUUGAUACCUGGAAGGUGUUGCUGACACCUGUGGGGCCAGCCUUGCAAUUGCUUCUUUCUGCGGCGGUGGAGACGGGGGCAGCAGGUCAUGCGACGGAUGUGAAAGGUCAUGACAAAAGUCCUGCGGUUGUUCGCUUUGUAGCUUCGUGGGCAUGUCAAGCAGAAUACUUCGUGCUGUAUGAACAAGUUCUUCCACAGGCAUUGCCCACUCUCUUAGGGGCCAUAGGGUCUGCAUCCGUGCUGCAGUAUCUGCAGCGAAGCAAGCGCAGCACCACACCGUUGCUGGAGGCUGCUGUAGAGACAGCACUCCUGCUGUCCUUCGGUGGCCGCACAAAGGAGCAGCACGAAGAAGAGCUUCGGGUCGCUCGGCGGGAGUUUAAUGCAAUGAAGCAGGUGAAUGAGCGAAAACGGCGGCGCAGAGGCUACCAGUCUUCCUCAUCCGAGGAGGAGAGCGACCCAAAUGCGAGCGACGCGGAGGGACAGAGUUUUGAUGAAGGAGACAAGGAAAAAUGCCUCAAGUCAUUCAAAGAGGCUCACAUGGCCCUGCAACGACAGCAGGAACGUCAGCAGCAGCAGGGCAUGUGCGUGCUGCUUCCUCAUAUUGGCCUUUUGCUGCACUCUCUUGAGCUACUGUUGCGAGCGCGGAGUGGUGCGGCCAUUGUGAAACCUCGCAAAGAUGUGGAUUUAAAUGAUGAGAGCAUUUUCCCAAUUGAGGAGGCUGCAGCGCCGUCCCUAGAUCAGCCUACACAGGCGUCCCUGAACCGUAGGGAGAGAGCGCUGCUUGUAGGCUUCAAGGAACUGCAACUUCUUACUCGCCUUGCUUCAUAUGCUAGUGCUGAUCAACAUUUGUUACCUAAGGUGCAUCAGUCAAUGGAGCUUCGACCCUUUUGGCCUGAAGAACACGUUCCAACCGCAGCAAAGUUAAUUCGUCUAUUGCUUCUUUCCUUGCCCUUACGAGUCAGGUCUGGGGGUGCAGCGGCCCGGCAGCAGUUAACGUUAUCAGCCAUUCAGGGACUCUUACCUGCUGUGGCUCGGUGGCGGCAGGCCCUCGAUUUCACCUCGUGCUCUAGCAACCACAUGGGCGAGUUGCGCGCAUUGCUUCAUAGCUUACGCGUUUCAUGCUGUGGUCUUCUAGAGAGCGCAGAGGAUCUGCAGUGUCGCGCUGCGGCCUCCGAAGUACUCAUUGGAACAGAACUUGCUGCAUGCGGCUGUGAAGUAAAAAUUGAAGACCUUUUAAUUCGGAUCCGCGGAUAUGUGCAUAGAGAACUGGAUGACUCAAGGCGUGCCGAGGAGGAAGAAGACAGCGAGCAGCAAAUGUCCUCUCUUUCGUGGCUACUCCCAGGAGGUGCCCUUAAUAGUAGCCUUCUCAAGAAUGCCCUGCCAUCUUUGCUCUUCCAGGAUGGCGAACAUGACGUCUUUGCCAGUUGCACCGAUCUGGCGAGUGCUUGGCGUGUCUCUGUGGCCCUUGUGGUGGUGUGCGCGAAUCUCCUCAGAGCAGGGGGCGGUGCAGCUCCAGACGAGCAUCGGCCAGACGUUGACAUGCAGGUUCUAGUGCUUUUGGCUUUAGUGGAGAAGUACCUGAACCCUCCAGCCCUUGCAGGGUGCCCUCAGCAGGAUAUCACAGACCGCAAAGUGUGUGAUGAACCACAAACUCCUCUAGAAGUGCGCAGCAUAGAGGCAAAGCAGGAAGGUGGCGAGCAAUUCGAAGUAGCGAUAGAAGAAGAGGGAAAUGGAGAACCAGCUGCAUCUACAGUGGAACUGUUGCAGGGCCCGCCAGCUACGGAGGAUCUAUCAGGAAUAAAACCGCAAAGGCAGGCGAGGCCAGGAAUGUACAUCCCAGCCUCGGCGCUGGAACCUCUGCUACACCAUGUGCUGUAUCUUUUGUCCGACUGCUCUGAUGACUUAGCACUUCAGCAAGUCGCACUGACCUUCAUCCGUAAGGCAGCUGUUGCGCUUGGGGCCGCAGCGUCUGCCGCGGUGACCAGGAGGGCCGCUGCCCAGUUUGCCCCCCAGCUACAACAGGGAGCAGGUAGGGACGAGCAGGAAGAGGAUUGGAUUUAUGCAGUUGGCAUGCAGCAUCAUCUUGCCAGACUCAUCGUUCCGCACCUUCGUCUGUUGCUAAGAAGCCUUCGGGAGGAUGUCCAGCGGAUGGCCCUAAGAGCAUUGGAUGCUGUUAUAAGGACAUUAGGGCCGGCAGGUCCCCUGCUGCCUCCCCUACAAGCGUCUAAUGUUUCAGAAAAUAGAGGUUCCGCGACAUUGUUCUUCUCGGAGUCAGACGAGAAGCAAAGGAAUAUGCGGUUGCAUUUGGAUCUGUACGCGCUUCUCACUCCAACCAAGGUGACUCCUGCGGUGGAAGAAGCAGUGGCUCGUGCGCAACAGCUGGUGUCCAGUGGAGAGGCUUGUCAAGCUGCAGUGGCUGCAGCUACUGCUGCACGAUUAGAGGCCAUUGCUGGUGAGCAACAAGCUUCAGAGCGCGAGGAGGGAGGGGACGUUUUGCUCGAGCUGCUGCACAUGCAGAAGCACAGGAGAGCACGAGGCCUGCAGCUCCUUUCAAAAGCAGCAGCGGCUCGGCGGCUCUGUCCUAAUACGCUGAGGCACAUAUGCGUGCCAGUAGCCCUCUGGGCGCUUUUACAGGAAAGUGACUUAGGAAGUCUCCCAGGGAAACGCAAAACUUCAAGUGUACCCUCCCGGCAUUCCAGAGGACACGCGGAGGCAUUCAGCCAACAGAUGGCCGAACAGGGAGUGGCCUGUCUGACGAAGUGCUGCAGGCUCCUCCCCCUCAAGUGUUGCACUCACACUCUUACCCAGCUUGUCUCCUUCCUGGUAAAAGUUCCGCAGCGUGAGGCGUUCAUACACCGUGCAAUUGCAUCGACCCUUAGGGCUUUUCCCUUUGGUCUGUCCGAUGCUGUGCAUGAAACGCUCAGCCAGCCGCAUCAGGCAGUUAAUCAGGAGCAGGAUGGUAGGGGUGCUACUCCUUCAAAUUCUGACCCGUUGAAACGGGCAGAAUCAUCAUAUCAGGUUCACUUUCGAAAACAGGCAGGUACAGUAGGUAUGCCUAUUACGGGGGAGGCCGAGGACGAAGAGACAAGCACUGCAUAUGAAGUCAACGAUACCGACGGAGCUACCGGAGUUCAAGUGCCUCAUUGUAGUGCAGCGACGAGGAAGCAGAAAGUCGCAAGCUGCAUUCGAAACGAGCUGAUACCACUGCUUUAUCGGCUUGCAUUCGAUAACAAAGUCAGGCGCGUGUCAUCGAAAGGGGAGGCCAGUAGGGGCCCUGGUAAGGAGAUGGACGGUCACGAUGGGAAGACUUACGAGAAUCCCGUAGUGCGCACGGAGCUUGUGGCUGUCCUCGCCCUUCUUGCACGGAUGCUACCUCCUGACGAGUUCCACUUGCAGCUUCCCCGGCUUGUCCGUACAAUUGCCUUCGCUCUUCGUUCGCGUGAGCGUAGUGCGAGACGGGAGGCACGCGUGGCUUUGACACAUCUUGCAGUCAACCUAGGGAGGCCAUACUUUGCUUACCUCGUGACGGAGCUUCUGCGAACGAAUGGCCCGAAAAAUGAAAAGGAUGCAGCAGCAAAUCAGCAAGGAUUCAUACGGCCUGUUCUUCUGUACACGCUGCAUGCAAUGCUCAAUGCACUCGUCCAGGACAAGAGUACAGAACCAGAGAUGCUUCCGCCUCUAGCGGAUGAAGGCGCGACGACAAUCGAUGCCCGACAUUUUAUCCAGCGGUUUGAGGCAUCCGUACCGCUUUUGCUUCCUCUUAUUUCAGAUGAGAUAUGCCGUGUGGCAGACCCCGAUUCUCUAGAGCAAGAGGAAAGCCGCCGGCUGCGAUCCGUGCAGAUAGAGGGAGAGGAAGCAGGUCCUGUUGACACAUCCAUAGUAACGCCGGACGACGGCAGCAAGCGUUCGAGGAUAGAAGAGGCCCAGACACUGAAGGGGCCCCCAACGAUGCUCCUGUUGGCAAAGGAGAGUAGCGCAGAAUGUCUUGGCACACACUUGCUUCCAUUUUUACUUGGCCUCCUCACAGGCUCUUCCUGCAGGGGCGAGGGAUGGAAUCGAGGCGCGGCCUUCUCGAACAAGUAUGUCAACCGCGCGGAAGAUUUGCUUUUGCAUUUUGUUUUCGGCUUGAGCCGAAACAAAUAUAUAUCUCCGGAAUGCAAGCUACGAACAACGAAGAAACUACUCAUCCUCACAGUUGCGACCCUGCAGUUCCCCCUACUACACCCUAUUCUGCAGGCCGAGCGCAGUCUAGACGAAUCCUUGUAUUUGCUCGCGUGGCAGCACUUGCUGCUGCUUGAGCGCAAGAAGAAUGCAAAAGCUCUUCACAGGACCUACACGUCCAGGCAGUCGCCUGGGGAAUUGAAGGAGUCUGAAAGCGCGGCUACAUCUGCAAGGGUAGAGGAAGCCAACGACGAGCAAACUACGGCGCCACCCUCCUUGUCGUCAGUCCACCAGGAGGAUCUCUGCGCGCUGCGGCGUUUGUUGCUGCCAGAAAGGGAAGGAGAAGAUAUUGACCUCCUUGUUCAGCGUGAUACAGUAGCAGGACUUACGUCCUAUCAUCGAGGAGACUUGGCUUCUCAACACAGCAGGAAGUUACUGGUGUCUUUGAUUCAAACUAGGAUGGAACGCAGAGUCACCUUACAGCCUGGAGCAGUUACAGGACGUUCACUCGCGCAGGCCACACGCAACAAAACGGCUCCAGGCGGCGGGGGGCUCGACCUCUCCACGCGAGCUGCGGUGCUAGGAACAGCAGCCUUGCGUCUUCUUCAUCUCACACUUCGAGCGGUUAAAAUACCACUAAGGAAGUACAGGGAGAGACAGCUUGGGACGGCUCCACUACGCGACGCGGCCCAUACUAAUGCAACAGGAAUGGACGAUGGGGCUCUGCAGCGGUGUGUAAAUGAACUCGAUGAGCUUGCAUUGGAGGUAGUUUGCUGCUUCAGUUGCAAGGUAACGAAGCUAGUCUCAUGGGGGGCCCGUUGCUUAUUGGAGCUAUUGGCGUUGCGUUUACCUCGUCUUGACAAUCGUGGAGCCCUCGUGGCGUAUUUGACAAUGCGGGUCUUUCACUCCUGCGGCAAUGGCACCAGCGUAUUGGGGGCUCAUUGCUACACUGCUCGCUCUGAGCUGCUCCCAGUCUCUACCAAGCUCCUAGCUGUCCUUCUGCUGCAGCCGCAGGCUGCAAAGUGGAUGGACACUGCAUUGAAUCCGUCACAGCACAUUGGUGGGGACAUUCUUAGGUCCCUCUUGCGCGAGCAGCUGCGCAUAUUACCUUGGAGAUACCAAACCCGGCAGCAGCGUGGCUGGCAGGAUCGAAAUGGCGCAGCUGUUUCAGGGGCAUCUAAAGCAGAUUCAGGAUUUAGUGUAAGUCUAGCUGUGACGGAAGAACAGAUACAGGCCGCUGGUCAGUUCUUCCUAAAGGAAGCGCUCCUGGCGCAUAUUUCUUCGUCUUUGGAGGACAACCAUCUGCAGCUUUGUGCUCUCUUCCUUCUUAAAAGGGUGGUAUUGCAGCACUACAAGGACCUUGCAGGUAGUGCUGCACGCCGCGCCAUUGAGGAGUCUCAGCAGACUGCAGGUACAAUGGAUUCAAAGGCCUUGCAGCGCCAUGCACAGAAAAAGCGCCGCAGGGACGCUAAAGAGGUAGAGAAUGGGCCUACUCCGGGAGAGCAACACUCUACAGCAGCGGUAGAGCUGCUUCCAUUGGUUUACGAGUGUGUUGACCGCGUAGCCCGGGUCAUGGUGCAACAUGCUACAGCUUCAGCUCUCAGUCGAAAACUCUCAAACAUCUGCGCUGAUGUUUACGUCUCAUUUCUUCUUAACUUCCCCAUGACGCCGAAGCUCCAGCAGAGGCGCGUUUUCUUUUUAUUCCAGCAGCAAAAGUUUUCGGACGUCUACGGCAGAAGAGCGGCCAUCUGGGCGCUUCUUAAAGUAGUGCUGCGCUUCCCGGCGGAGCUCUUCCUAGAACGCUAUGCCCAAGUUGCGUUGUUGACGUGCUGCUCAACCCUGGCCACAGAAACAGACCACGAGGUCUAUGCGAUGCUGCAGCAGGUCGUCGGCGAAGUGUUGAAACUCACUGAGGUAGAAGAAGAUCGCAUAUCAAGCCUCCUUGGUAUCCUCCAGACCACAUCAAAGGUUUUCUUGCUCCCACGGACACAGCAUUUGAUGGCUCUUCUCGAAUUUUUGAGUGUAUUUCUCUCACACGUGUCUAGAGGCGUCCCGCAAAAUGCCCUGGCCUCCUUCCUUCCAACAGUUCUUGAGCUCCUGUCUGGUAUAUCCUUUUUGAUAUCUGGACGGCAACCCCUACAGUUUCCUGACGUGUCGGAAGACUGGCGCUUGCUCUACAAGACUCUUUUGGUGGUUGAAAAGAUUAUGGCUGCUUCUGGGCUCCCCUUAAUGGAAGAAUCGUUUGCACAGGCUGCAAAGAUUUGGCAGAGCUCUGGGUGCGAGAAACUACGUGCACUUGCAACGGCACUAAGUGUUGAUGCCGAGGAGGCAGAGAUUAAGGCGCUACAAAGGCAGAAUUUAGAGGCCUUCAUUGCUACACUGGACCUAUGGGAUCCCCCUACGGAAAAUCCGAAAAAGCGGCGUACCAGCCCCGAUACUACCCUCCAGAUGUCACCGCAGCAGCAACAGCAAGUCGUUACCGGGCUGUACGCAGCACAUAUUUGGACGGAACUUUCGGGAUCUGCUUUACGUCAUCAAAAUGCAUGGGUGCGGUGCUCGGCUUUGCGAGCCGUUGGCCAGUAUUUGCAGCAGACUCCACUUACUUCUGGGCGGCAAACCGGAAUGCCGAUAUUGGCAUUACUUGCCGUUCGUAGGUGUCCCGAGGAUAAACCUGUUUCGGCAGCUCAUUCCUCCCCUCUCACACAGUUGGGAUUGACUCUUGGGCAGCAUUUUGGGAAAGAUUGCAUGCUUGAGAGACACCCCCGUGCAGGACCGUAUGCUGUAGCCGCUCUCAUCGCAUGGGCCCAACUUGCCUUUACCGUACCACAGCUCAUGCCUGUCACCCGAAAACCCCGCACCGAAAUUCGGCUCAAGUUUCGAGUGCACGAAAACAAAACUUUUGGUCAGCGCAUGCAGGAGUCUCUGGCGAAGGAUGAAUCGGGGGAGCGGGACACAUUGCUCCUCAAAGAAGCAGACGAGCACCAACUUGGCGAGGUCAGCGACAGUAACCCGGGUGAAGCCACUGCUUACUGCAGUGCUGUAGCUAGUGACCCACUAGGCUCUUGUCAUGAUUCUACUGAGCAAACUGAUUCAAAUACGGUUUUCGAUGAGGAUGCAGAAGUACAGCCCGUUACCGAGGCUGCAGGAGCAACUGCACUCGUUGGCGUAAUAGAAUCAAAGAACUCUUCUAAAGACAGCGCACCAGAUGGGGAUGCAGAUGAAGACAACUCUUCAUCUGGCAUUAACGAAGAGGAUAUUGAGGAAGAGGUGGAAGCCAACGAGGUGGAAAAGUGGGUGAUGGACGAAUUGCAGCUCGAAGCGUCACAGGACUGCUCCAAAACAUCUGCAGCAGGAGCAGGCGCUAGAUCACCCUCCUUGCGGAAAUUGCCGUGGAAUGUAUCAUUUUCUGAACGGGAAGAGACAGAUAAGACUAAUGCUUCCUCGUUGGUGGCAAAGCUGCAUCCCUUGGUGUUUCUUGUUGCAGGACUGAGUCGGUGGCUGCGCGUACACCUGAGCCGCCUCGGUUAUAGCGGCGGCAGGAUAAAGGAGACGGACGCUGCUCCAGGAACCGUUGUGCGCGUUGCGGGAAUCCUGACGUUUUUUGGCACUCUAUUGAAACUGCUGCCCCUCGCAAAGCUCCAGAACGCCUCCGAAGGACCAAAACCAGCGUCGCAGUUAAGCGUUGUUCUCCACGAGGUUCUGCGCCACAUUGCCGAUGCAGCAUAUCGCUGUUCAACGCUUCAGACUGAAAUGGCAGCAGAAUCCGUGUUGGCCCAGCUUCUAGAUGACGAGGCGUUGUUUAAGGGGGACACGGGAAAACAGCUAAUUGGGGACCCUUCAUCAAAGGGGGAUAGCCCGAGUCUUUGGGACUCUCUCCGUGGUCUCACCCCCGUUAAGCAGCUUAUUGAAGUUGCCACAGGAGGCGCGGCAGUGCUUCGCCGGAUGGAGCAGCUUCUAAGAAGCAACGGCCAUGAGGAGACGUACCGUCUAUUGCUUGCAAAGACUCGCCAAUGCGUCUCAGCAAAGCGAGCAAUGCGCAAGCUGAAGGUGCAGCAAACUUUUUUGCAGAAUCCUCAGGCUCACGCUCAGCGGAAGCGCAGACGGAACCAAGCCAAAGUCAAUCAAAAGAAGACCAAGUUAAGGGACGCUAUCCUUAGGCGCAAAGGGUUUGUCAAGCGGAAAGUGCGGGCAGAGUAA